UACUGUAUUUUAUUUCGCUUUCUCUUUGAACGAUUUGGUUUAAUUUUAAUAAUUCCUGAGAUGUUGCUUAACACUAAUCCCUUGGGUAGUCUUAGAAUCCAGUUAGGAAACAGUUAGCUCAUCCCCGUUAAACGGCUCUUACCAUCGACUUACCAUUGCAUAUUUUUGGUAAUAGCCGGUUGGACUUCGGUUAAUAUCGCAUGUACGUUAUCAGUCCCAUCAUCCUCCUGCAAUGAACAUUUGGGAUUAGUACCGAAACCGUAAUACCAUCUAGAGAGUUUCUGAAUUCCUGUCAAGCCCAUCUCUGGCUGUUGUAACUCACUGUGUCCUUCAUCGGAGUUAAUGGUUCUCAUUAGUUUUCUAGGUAAUGAAAUUAGUCAUGAAGGUUUGUAACUACAAUUUUAUCUUAUGCAAGUGCAUCAGUUCUGUAUACAAAUACUAGUUAUUAGGUACCAAAUUUUUUAUUAAUUUUUCUCAGCAGCUGCUCAUCAAAUUUUUCUAUUGAGACCAUUUGCCAAAAUGUGGAUUAAUUUUGCUAUUGACGUCAGCCCUGCAACCAUCUUUUUAUGGGUGCAAAGGAUAUCUAAUGUGGAUUCUACCAUUGGCCACUUAACCUUGGCCAUUGAUCAGGUGACUGGCCUUGGCUACGUGGAUCUUAGGUCACAUAGUGGGAGUUCCACCUGGUGAUGGUGGUCUUAUACAUUGAACUUUGGACGUUUGACACUGCACUUUGGACCGUGGACGUCUGUGCCGGCUAAAGCGUAUAUUCUUGCGUGGAUCAACAAGGGCGUGAAUGGAAGGUUCUUUGGCGGCCGUUUGGGUCAAACAGAAAAACAUGAUUGUGUUACAGAAUCAGGUACGUUAAUGAUAUUGUGAAAAGAAGAUGGAAAAACUGAUUGGCAAUAGCACCCAACCCGUCGUACACGUUAGAAAUCUUGGCAACUUUUACACGAUCAACCGCCUUGAACUGUUGUCACUUUUUCGGUGUUUCCUGAAAGAUUUGCCCAAAUUGUUAAACGGCAAGUCGGACGCUGCUCUAAGUACCAACGUGUUGCAUCCUUUGUCAAGGUGCCCAUUUAGUAUAUACUUGAUGGCGUUUCAAAGUAAACUUUUCGGUAAAUAUAAUUAUGAUUAACGUUAGUAAGGCGCGUUUUGUGGAAGAAUGAGUAAACUACGCAGAGAAGCUGAAUUGGAAAAUGUUUUAUCCGUAAAUGCGACGAACUAAGGGACAAACAGCCAAUAAGAAAGGCGUUACACUAUCUUUGUUUAUCACCCAUUCUUACGUAGGCGAUUUAUGUAGGGAUUUCGUGAUGAAAUUCACACGGACAUUCUGAUAAGGAAACGAUACGACUCGUUUGUUCUUUUCUUUCCCUUAAAAGCUUAUCCUCUGGAGAAAAGUAGAAGUGUUUCUCUUACCGUUCUUACUUAAAAAACGCAAAAACUUUCUUUUCUGUUGAACAUGACAAACAGGUGUGGUGCUGAUUCCCCUUGUUUCGAUGUUAUUCAGCUCAGUUCACAAUCUGACGGGAACAACGGAAACAUUUUCUUUAGUGAACACCUUGGUGAAACAUUCGCUAUCAAGAAAUUUGCGCUCAACUGCAAUGACGUCAGCACAGGGGAGCAACAUUGGGAAAAGUUAAUUAAAUUGCGUUAUGACCAUCUUGUCCAAUAUCACCAAAAUGACAUCCAUCAAGACACCAGGUACUUGGUCAUGGAGUUGUGUCAGGGAUCAAUGCUGGACUAUUGCCGUGGAAACCUGGAUGAAAAUGUAACAUCGCUUAUCAAAGGCAUCGAUAUAAUGUGGCAAAUAACCUGUGGCGUAGAAUUCUUGCAUCGCUACCAAAUUGAUUGCGGAGAUUUAAAGUUGGAAAAUGUUUUAUUUUGGAAAAGAAAUCCAAAAUCCAAACGAAUUAUCGUUAAAAUCAGUGGUUACGGGUACAAGGAUUGCCCAUCUCAGGAUAACAUGAAAACCCGGCUUGGUAGUUUGUACUAUGCAGCUGCCACGAAGGAAGAAACCGUUCCAAAUGAGCCUAUUACGUUUGAAAGUUUAACUGAAAUUGAUGUUGAACAUAGGGCACUCGCAUUAGAUUUGAUUACAUUUCCAACUAAGGCUGAAUUGAGGGAUUUGGAUGUGGCUACGUUACUGCGUCAUCCAGUUUUCAUUCUUUUGAUUGAUGAAGGUCGAUCGAGGCUAAUCACGGAGCUGCAAAAGAAUAAUGAAAUGCGUCGAAUAUGCAAGAAUAAAGACGAACUGGAAAAAUGGGAACGCUCUUUGGACAAGAGCAAGAUCCCCCAUGAAGAAUUUGAUGAUUUAAAAGAUAUUAUGCUUUCGGAUAACAGUGACAUCACCAAACUGGUUGGUGAGGCUUUCAAAGUUACACCAAUGUUAUUUUCAAAAUACAUCUGGCACAUCGCCAUUAGUUUCAGAGUAAAAAAGGACCAAAAUCAGAAUCAUUCCAUUGAGAUACAAGAAUUCUUGGGGAAAGGACAGUACGCUAAAGUUUCAAAAUGUAAUUACACUGACGGUAAUGGAAACACGUAUCCGGCAGCAUGUAAAAAAUGCAGUCCUAAGCCUGACGCUAUUGAUGUGUUCAAUCGAGAAGUCCAAACCCUUCGCCAACUGAAUCAUCUGUUCGUCAUAAAAUACCUGGAUUUGGUAGAAAAACAAUCCAAGAAGUUUAUCGUCAUGGAGUUGUGCGAAGGGUCUUUAAAGGAUUACGUUGAAGGAAAGCUGGAACGAAUACCUAAACAUUCGUUGGAAGAUAAAAUCCUUAUAAGUCAGGUGGCUCUUGGUAUUGCUUACAUUCAUAGCAAAGAUAUCAUUCACAAAGAUUUGAAACUUGCCAAUAUCUUGCUCUGGUGUCACCCAUCAAAUUCCAGUUUGGUUUUGUCCAAAAUUGCUGAUUUUGGAUUCGCUAAAGGGCUGAAGCCGGAUCAAUCACAGUUUAGUGACACUACCCAUCCUGGAACGGAAAAAUACAUGGCACCUGAGCUGCUCAACGCACAAGGCUCUGGAUGUCCGGCAUCUUUUGCUAGCGACGUUUAUGCUUUUGGAAUAAUCAUUGCACGGAUAGUUAAGAAAGGUGAUCAUCCAUUCGGUUCAUGGUCCGUAUGGCGAAAAGCGUCUAUGGAGCACGGACUUCUUCCGCAGAAUCUUCAAGACCUUAGCUGGGAUUUAAAAGAUUUGAUUCUCAGAUUAAUAGACAACGAUCCGGUCAAACGUCCUAAGAUGGCCCUAGUAUUGCGCCAUCCUUAUUUCGUCUUGACGAACGACAGGACCAAGAGAUAUUUUGUUCAUCAGCUGUGGGCUGAUACUGGUUUGCUUUCGCAAAGUGAAAAAAUUAAGGUGCUUAAGAAAAUAUUCAGCAGUCAGAAUUUGGAGGAAUGGCACCGUGUUCUCUCUGAUGAGAAGCAGUACACCACUGAAGAGAUGGAAACAAUGGGCAACACCCUUCAAUUCUUCAGAAAACUGAAACCGGACGUUCAAACAGAAACUGUUUAUCCUGAGAAAGAAUACACGCAAGACAUCAAAGAAGUUAUUACAUCCGAGUACGAUGCCAUUGUUAGAAGCCAAAUUGAUCAGGUUUACUUCAUUUGCUUUGUAACUAAACGUUCUUCGGUCAGUGUUUUACGUUUCCCGCACAUCCUCCAGGUAAACUCAAUUCACGGUAUUUCCCGCUACAGUUUGGUGAAACUGAUUCAGCGCUCACCAAAACUUCUUGUGCCGUAUUUAUGGUCACAUUUGCACGACAUCAUUAGCCUUACUAAACCGUCGGGGUCAUCAGCAAAUGAGGAGCAGAAUAAUCAAAGGAAGGUGAGCACAGCUGGCCGUACGCGACGUCUGUCUAGCAAAACGGAACCUGUUGCGCGAAGGAAUCGCCCGAUUGUUUCUGAAAUUGAAUGGAGCAGUUUGUUUUGUGAAGAUGAGCUCGUUGACGGAUUGUGGAAUAUGAAAUAUUUGGAUCAUUACAACAAUUCCACAGAAACAGAUCAAGAAAUCAUUGGAUUGGUGGCAAACUGUAACAUGACAGAACGCGUGUGGUCGGCGAUAUUAGACCAACCUGGAAGAUAUGCCCCAUCCCUGCUCGGCAAGAUAGUUCAAAGCACUGCUGAUAACGGGCCUAAAUUGACUCAAAUGCUUUUGGAACGGCACGGAGAUUUCAAAGAGCUACCGUUGCUAUUGCACUUGGCAGCUUGUAAUGAGGGUGACCGAGCUGCUGAAAUAGUACAAGUUCUUUUGAAACAUGGAAUAAAUCCAAACGCUGUGGACACGGUGGGAUUGUAUCCUAUUCAUUAUGCAGCUGGCAAUGAAUCUCCUUCGGCCCCAUUGAUAACCAAGUUUCUUCUACAACACGGAGCAAAUCAAAACGCCACAUCGACACUUAAUGGUUCCACGCCAGUUCUUUUAGCUGCCUCUAAUCAAGGAGAUUAUUCCAGCGAAAUUGUCAAACACAUGCUCGACCGCUGGGGCACUCCUAAUGCGAAUGAGCUAGUAGAAGCUCUCAAAUUAGCAGUGGUCAACAGUGGCGACUCUGCUUCGGCAUUAGUGGAUUUGUUGCUCGAAAGAAAAGGAAACGGAAUGAUACACAAUAAUGAUGGAAAGACGCUAGCUCAUAUCGCGGUGUCGAACGAAGGGGUGCACGGUUCAAAAAUAAUGGAAGCAGUGCUUAAAAGUGGAGUAGAACCUAACAGUCGUGAUAACGAUCGACGUACACCCCUUCACUUGGCUGCUCUAAAACCAACCUCGAAAACAUUUGCUAUAGCUAAGGUCCUGCUAGAAAAUGGUGGCGAUCCUAAUGCCAUUGACGCAAUUGGCAACACUCCAGUUCAUUACGCAGCCGCCAACAAAGAAGAACAUGCGUAUGAAAUGUUGAAACUUUUACUGAGCAACAGAGGAAAUGACCAAAUCAAAGGAAACGAUGGGCUCACUCCUGUCCAUCUGGCGCUGAUCAACAUGGGAAUUUGCGGAGACAAAAUGAGGAAAUUAGUUGCCGUCAAUGAAGAAAGCGCUAAUGUUCGCCUCAACAGCUCUGGAGAAACGUUACUUCAUCGUUUUGUACAUGUCAGCAAUGCUCAACUUAAUAUUGUUCAAUCGAUCCUCGACCAUGGUGGAAAUCCUAAUGUAAGAGACAAACAGGGACGCUCACCUCUUCACGUCGCGAUCCUAAACCACUCCCAUACUGGGCAAACCAUCUUACAGAUGCUGCUUGAAAAAGGGGGUAAUCCUAAUCUUGCCGAUAAAGAAAAAAGAUUCACACCUGUACAUUACGUGGCUGAUAGCCCCGGAGAAAGGGCAGUUGAACUGAUGACGAUCCUCCUCGAAAACAAGGGAGAUGCGAAUACACGUGAUAAUGAAAAGAUGACGCCAGUGCAUCUGGCCGCCAGGAAUUCGGGAAUUUACGGGCCCGGACUCGUGAAAAUUUUACUCGAUCAUGGAGGAAACCCAAAUGCUGUUGACAUCCAUCGAAGGAACCCCCUGCAUUGGGCCAUAAACAAUGAAAAUGACGCAAUUAGGGAAAAGACGAUCUUGCUGCUGCUUGAGAAAGGCGGAAAUCCUAAUGCCGGUGACAAAGCCGGUCGCACACCGGUUUUUUAUGUCGUUUGUGAUAAACGUAGCAAUUCGUUGAAUGUAUUGAAGCUUUUGGUAAAAAAAGGAGGAGACAUUUUCCAGAAUGAUUGUCAUGACAUGAAUCCAAUCCUCCAUGCCACUCGAACAGGAAGUAAAGAAUACUGUUUGCCUGAAGUAAAAAAGUACCUCACGAAAUUGGUUCGCAACACGAAAAAUGUUCCGGAAUCUAAAUGGAUGGACGGCCUUGGAAAUAUUCUUCCUAAAUAUCUAAAGGUUAAUUUUGUCAAGCGAGUUCCGGUUGCGGUUGCAGUUGCAUUUGCUAUUAUUUUUAUAUCGUUUUUAUUAUUGCUUUGGUAUUCUUUAUUUAUGUAUCUAUUUAUUUCGUAGUUCCUUGGGUGCUUAAUUUGGAGAAUCAUGCGUGAAAAACUGUG